CCGCCCCCCGCCAGGCCCCGCCCCCCCGAGCCGGGCGCCGCGCUCUUCCCAAUGUGAAUCCGGCUUCUGACUCCGGCGUGGGGGGAGAAAGGCCCAGCAGCCUCAUCAGCAUCCGUGCUCAGCUAGCGACCCGGCCAGACGGGCGCCCGCAGAUCUCCCCACCCUCGGAAAUCCCCCCGCCCCCAGCGUGCUCGGACCCACAAGCCGCUGCUAUCUGGGUUCAGCACCGUGGGCCGAGCCUCCUACAGUGAGGGACGUGGGGCUGUAGCCAGCAGGUCAUAGGACAACAGAAGCUAAACCCAACGCACACACAGAGCACGAUGGCUGCCGAGACGCUCAAUUUUGGACCGGAAUGGCUCCGUGCGCUGUCCAGUGGGGGCAGCGUGGCCUCCCCCCCACCCUCUCCUGCCAUGCCAAAGUACAAGCUCGCGGACUAUCGCUACGGCAGAGAAGAGAUGCUAGCACUUUAUGUCAAAGAGAACAAGGUCCCGGAGGAGCUCCAGGAUAAGGAAUUCGCUGCCAUUCUCCAGGAAGAGCCACUGCAGCCGCUGGCCCUGGUCCCAUUAACGGAGGAGGAGCAGAGGAAUUUCUCCAUGUCUGUGAACAGCGUGGCGGUGCUGAGGCUGAUGGGAAAAGGAGGUGGAGCUGCUCCCGCUGGAGUCUCCCGGGGGAGGGGCAGUACCCGGAGCCGAGGCCGGGGCCGAGGUGAGAGUGGGUUUUACCAAAGAAGUCCGGAGGAGCCAGAGGGGGCGUUCGGACGUGGGGCCCGGGAGAUCCACCGCAGCCAGAGCUGGGACGACCGGGGCGAGCGGCGGUUCGAAAAGCCGACCCGGCGGGAUGGAACCCGGGCUCCCUUCGAGGAGGGGGCUCCACUCCCCCGCAAGGACUACGCCCGCUCGGACAGCAACAACUGGCGGACGCUGCGGGAGGAGCAGGAGGAGGAGGAGGAGGGGGGCGGGGGCUGGCGGCUGAGUGGGGCCCGGCGCGAGAGUGAGCGCUGGCGGUCGGCCAGCCCAGGUGAGGUCCCCCAUGGGCAGAAUGUGUAUGGUGCACCCCGCUCAGCUGGCUGGCGAGAGCACCCCGAGGGCCGGCGCCGCAAGUUCGACUUCGACUUCCGGGAGCGGGAGGAGGAGCGGGGUGGGCGGCGGCACCGGGGCAGCGACAGCUUCGAGGACGACAAGGACGGGCUGCCCGAGUGGUGCAUGGACGACGAGGACGAGGAGAUGGGCACCUUCGACUCCUCUGGCGCCUUCAUGCCCCUCAAGAAGAGCCCCAAGGAGCCAAUCCCUGAGGAGCAUGUGUUCGACUUCCAUCCAUUGCAGGAAGACGAUGAGAGGUCGGAAGGGAAGGAGGAUGCCGAGCCCAGCUCGAAGGAGGCCCCCGAGAAAGAGGCCUGGAAGGAUCCCUCGAUGACCCCGGAGGAGAAGCGAUGUUCCCCGCCCGGUGCCCUCUGGCUGUCGGGCCCCCUCUUUGCUGCUACUGUUGCCACUGCCACUAGUGAAUGUGAGAGUGCCCCCCUGGGGGGCUCGGACCCCACCGUGCCCCUCGGCACCUGCGACAAGGAGCCGAAGCCUGCUGCGGAAGGGGACCCAGGCGUCCUGGGCCUCCCGUCGCAGCUCAGCACGGGCGCGGUCUCCACCCUCUCCUCCCCUUCCUCCACCACCAAUGCUGCUACUGAGUUCUCCAUUGGAGACGCCGAGGACGACGAUGGGAUGAAACAUCUUCAGCAGGAAGCAGAGAAGAUGGUGGCCUCGCUCCAGGAGAGCUCCAUGGACGAGGAGCGCUUCACCCAGGCCAUCCAGGAGCCGCGCAACACGGCCGCUGCCCUGCCCCUCUCCCACGAGGCCGCCAUGAAGUGGUUCUACAAGGAUCCUCAGGGGGAGAUCCAAGGGCCCUUCACCACGCAGGAGAUGGCGGAGUGGUUCCAGGCCGGCUAUUUCACCAUGUCGCUCCUGGUGAAGCGCGGCUGUGACGAGGGCUUCCAGCCGCUGGGCGAGGUGAUCAAGAUGUGGGGAAGAGUGCCUUUCGCGCCGGGCCCGUCGCCGCCCCCGCUGCUGGGGAACUUGGACCAGGAGCGGCUGAAGAAGCAGCAGGAGCUGGCAGCGGCCGCCCUCUACCAGCAGCUCCAGCAUCAGCAGUUCCUGCAGCUCAUCAACCGGUACCUGCCGGACAGGCCGCAGUUCGCCCAGUGCGCACUGCAGCAGAAGCUGGCGGCCGGGGACCUCACCCAGCAGCAGCUCACGGCUUUCCUGCAGCAGCUGCAGGCUCUGAAACCCAGAACCGGGGAGCAGAGCCUGAUCCCGGCGAUGAACCGAUCCAUGUCCGUGCCAGACACAGGGUCCCUGUGGGACGCGCAUACCUCAGCUUCACAGCCUGCAGGCGGUGAGGCCAGUCUAUGGGAUAUACCAAUUAAUUCUUCAACUCAGGGUCCAAUCUUAGAACAACUGCAACUGCAACAGAAACUCCAGGAGCGCCGCGACGCGGAACUCAGGGCUAAGAGGGAGGAGGAGGAACGCAAGCGGCGCGAAGAGAAGCGGCGCCAGGAGGAGCAGAAGCGGCGCGAGGAGGAGGAGCUGUAUCGGCGGAAACAGUGCCGGCAGCAGGAGCUGGUGCUGAAGCUGCUGCAGCAGACCCAGGCGCAGAGCGCAGCGCCCUGGGGGGGGCUGGGCAAGCCCCCCGGGGGCAUGAAGGCCCUGCUGGAGCUGCAGGAGAGCGAGCGGCAGCUGCACAAGCAGCAGCGGGCCCCCUCGCAGUGGGGCGCCGACUCCAGCGCGCUCUGGAGCAGCCAUGAGAAGUGGGACGAGGGCGUCAAGAACCUGAGGAGCCUGGGCCUGAAGAGCAGCCGCAGCAGCCCCUCCCUCGGGGACAGCUACGGGGGGCCAAGCCGGCAGAGCCGGAAGAAGACGGACGAGGAGGAGAAGCUGCUCAAACUGCUGCAGGGGAUCCACAAACCCCAGGACGGCUUCACGCAGUGGUGUGAGCAGAUGCUGCACGUCCUGAACAGCUCCAGCACCCUUGAUGUCCCCACGGUGGUGGCGUUCUUGAAGGAGAUGGAGUCCCCCUACGACGUUCACGACUUCAUCCGCUCCUACCUGGGCGACACGGUGGAAGCCAAAGAGUUUGCCAAGCAGUUCCUGGAGCGGCGCGCCAAGCAGAAAGCCAGCCAGCAGCGCCAGCAGCAGCAGGAAGCCUCGUGGCUCAGCUCCGGCAACCUGCCCUCCCCGUUCCCGGCCAACCACGGCACCAAACAGCCGCCCUUCGAGGGCAGCCAGCCAGUGAAGAUCAAGAGGAGACCGAUCAUGCUGCACGCUGACCCCAGCAUCCUGGGCUAUUCGCUGCAUGGUCCAGCUGGCGAGGUGGAAAGCAUUGACGACUACUGAAGUCUCGUAGCAAUAGGAACUCUGCUGCCUUCUUAACCGAUUCAGUCUUACCUGAAUGUGCACUGCGAAAGGAUGAGGCGGCCGUGCUGGGCCCUCCCCUUUCCUCCGCCCCCCCAGCGAGCAGGGGGCACCGGGGCUGGCGGGGGGGCAGGGUGACGCGCGCGCUCGGAUCAGGGGGCGCCGGCGACCCGCCUUCGGAAGAGGAGUAUGUGUGAGCACUUCUUUCUCCAACACACGAAGCACCUUAAAAUGCAACCCGCUGAUGCACUUUAUCAAGACUUUUUACAAAGAACUGAUUAAAAAAAAAAAGAAAAAAAAAAGUUUUUUUUUUGGUGAUUCUGGAGGAAAUUUUUAUAAAGAAACUUUAAAAAAAAACAAAAAAAAUCGCUCUAGGAAACACUGUUAUUUUCACACGGGGACGAGGAGAGACGUGAAAAUUCGCGAAGGGGAAAAGAGAAGAUUUCAUAAAAAAACAAAAAAACACAAAAAUAGCAAAACUUGAAGAAAUGCACUUAUCGCCCAGCCCGCUUUCCGCGAGCUGGCCUGGUUCUGCCUCACGCGGUGGAGCCGGAUGUAAAUAUCGCUAGAUACAGAGCUCCGCACGGGAGAUUUGCUCUCGCCAAGAGGCCAUGUCUGUUUUUCUCUUUUUUGGAAGAGACACGUUGCGUGUUGGGUUUUUUUUUGUUGUUGUUUUUGAAAGUUGCACAACCGUGAAACAACCGACUUCCCCUUCCCUGGUGGUGCCCGGCUGCAAUGGAGCUGGCCUGGGAGGAGUAACGCUAACCAUGGCGGUUGACUCCAGUCGCCGGAGCCGGGCGCUCUUCCCGCCGGUUCCUGUGAGCUCCGGCUACUCACCUGGCUUAGGGAGAGCUUUUAACCUGCAAAGCUCUCCUGGCUUCCUGCCAGUUCCUGUCCCCUAGCCGAGCUCCCCUGUUACUGGCCGAUCAGACGCCUCGGAGCUCCCCUGUUACUGGCCGAUCAGAUGUCUCGGGUGGCUUCCUGCAAGCUUCCAGGCCUUGCAAACUCCCUGCAACAAGCUCCGCCUGCCUGGCUAGAUUUCUUCUACAAGCUCCGCCUGCCUGGCUGGAUUUUCCCCCACAAGCUCCGCCCUGUGAAGCCAGCCUCCUGUGAAUUGUGACGCUGCCCAGCUGAAAGGAAGAUGAUUUCUUCUGCACAUGUUUUUUGGAGGGGGAAGGGGGGGUUGAGAGGCCCCUUUUUUAUUUUAAGCUCUCUGGGCAUCUCAUUCAUUUUGCCUUUCCCCCGCCUCGUUAGACGUGUGCCCCCAUCCCAAUGGCCCUUGUGGGGGGCAGUUGGUUUUUGUUUUUGGACGGAGGAGCAUUUUUGUGCGUGCGGCAGGUGGGGGGGGCUUGACCCCACCCCGCACCCAUUUAUGAAUGUAUCUUUGGACAAGAAUUGGAAAGACGAAAUCCGCUGGCCCCUCCCGGCACCCUGGAUCCACGUCAAUAAAGCUCCAGUCACGCUCUCUCUCUCUCGAGAGAGAGAUUUUUGACAAACUGAGACCCAGUUGAAUUGUCUGUGACCGAUCCCCACCCGCAGAGGUGAGAGAUUUCACUCUCUGAUACAGCUGUACAGAUUUUGGAGGGGAGGGAGAAGUCGUUCGUUUGUUCAUUUUCGUUUUUUUUUUAAUUUGGGCUUGAAUAUUUUUUUUUUAAUUGCGCGUAUGGAUCUGUUGUUUCUUUGUUUACAGACCGUCUCUGGGGCGUUGUGUCUCACGGGACGGUAGCCACUACACAGGGUACCUUUCCGAGUCGAAAUCUUCCCGAGGAGGAGACGUUUUUAUUUUAUUCUCCCCCCCCCCCGGCAAGUUAUCCCAUUGGAAAUCAGUGGGCAGGAGGGGAGAAAGUUCUCCCGGCCUUCGCGCGAGAUGACACGCAGCUUUUCCCCGGUUGUGGCAAGCCAGGAACCGCGCUGUGAAUGCCGUGUGGAAGGCGGCAUGCCGAAUGGCCGAACUACAGUUUCUUGCGUGUGUUCUUCCUUCCCCCACCCAAGUGUUGUAUUUUUUUUUUUCAAACCAGUGCAGCUUUGGGGGUUAACCCGCCCCCCACCCGUUGGGUUUCCGUUUGUUUUUUAAACGUUCGUGGUUUAUGAAUUUUUCAGUCGACCAAAUGGCAAAGACACUUGUUUUGUUUUUAAGAUGUAUGUCAAAGGUUGGGGUUGUUUUUUGGGGUCAAGGACCUCUUUGGUUUUGGUAGGCCCUACAACAAAUACUGUGAGGUUCCAUGGUUACUGUGUUAGCGGGGAGAGGGGGGGAGUCUUUCCUCCCUUCACCCAGUCAAUGGAUCAAAGGACACAGGAUUUGGAUGUGACCUGAUCUGGUUUUUCACCCCCCUCCCCCAUCAGUCAGUAUUGGCCUGUAGUGGCCUCCGCGCGGCCAGCGUGCAAUAGGCCGCCGAAGGAUUUACUCCCCACCUGUUUGCUGUGUCACGGAAACCCCACCCGCGGGCAAGGGUCCGGCGUCUCGGGCCAGCGAACCAAUGAGCUGACGGCUUCCUGCAUCUGGCUGGGAGCCCCCCCGCCCCCUUGGGAUUCUCGGCGCAGCGGGGGACAAUCCGGCGCCCCGGGAUCUGCAGCAGCCGGCUCACCUCAAUCCCGGGCUGCCCCCCUGGACUGGGCUCAGGUGGGGGGCGACCAGGAGCCACCGUUCGUGUUUGAAUUUGCCACAAGAAUGUAUUCGGUGAUUCGUCGCUCUCGGACCGUUCUAGCUAAGGGCUGUCUCCCCGGUUCGCUUCUCUCCCCCGCCCCCCCGCUAUCGACUGGGGCGGGGAGGGCGUUUACACCCAGCCCCCCCCCCGGAGUGCUCGGACUCUACAGGGGGCCGGGCCGAACCAAAGUCUCCUCUGGCCCACGGUGGAGCCUAGCCACUGGACAGACGUUUAUUAUCCACCGCGGGGGCGUUUCCUGCAAAAUUUGCCUUAUCUUCGUAUUGGUUGUUUUCCCCCCUCCCACGCCCCUCCGAAGAAAAGGGAAACAGACCUCGCGGCCGGGGCAGUAUUAGCCCGGUGGCCGGCUAGCCGCCGGGCCAGGCCGGACGUGGGGUUUCUAUCUAGCAAUAACGAACUGGAAGCGGUGCGGCCCCAGCCCAUGCCAACGUGUGUCCCGCGCUGGACUCGGGCGCUUUCUCAUGCCGCCCAGCGGGGUUGAGCCAGGGCAAGGACCCCCCACCCCAUUUUUUGUGUGUGCGCGUCUCGCCCGCGUGGAAUUAAAGUUUGUAGAUAUUUCCUGCCCCCAUC